CUACCAAUAGAGGUCGCCCUUUCAAAAAUGGAAAUCACCAAAAAUUUUGCUCGGCUAUGAAGAAAAGUUUGUUUUACAAACUGAAGAUUUAGCGAAUUCUUUUGUCAACGCAAGGGCUCUUUUAAAGAUGUGGCUGACUCUAGCUGUGAUGGCUUUGCGCCGUAACUCUAGAUACACCCCUGGUCGCCAAUUUAGUGGGAAACAUCGGAAGUAUCGUCCUGUGACUUCAAACAUGGUCUACAACAUGGUGAAAAGACUGGAUGUUGAGAAAGAAAAUGAGUCAUAUCUCUGCAAACCGUACCUGACAAUGUCGGAAGAAGACGGCCAUGCUAAGGAGCAGAAUGCUCUCGAGUUCAAGGAGCUGCAGGACUUCAGACGUCACAAAAACAUGAAACCACAUCGCUACCUAGCGGACCAUUUCAGCCAUCUUGAAUCUUCCAAACAUUGGUAGCAUUCGAUCUGAAGCCUCUGUUUACGAACUGUAGCUUAGCAGCCUGAGAAACCAACUAAGCAUAGAACCACGCGUCUGGCCUGGAAUUAUACGCAGGCCACGGAGGCCAGGGCCUCUGUUGCCCAGGGCCUCUGUUGCCCAGGGCCUCUGUUGCCCCUGGUCAUGGUCUUGGUGCCCUUUCAAAAGCUCCCAAUGGGAGACUUUCUGGGACGAUAGAGGGCAGCAGACUUA